CCACUCAUUUGCAAUCUUUUUCAAAUAAGAUCAUUUCUGAUGCCAAUGGCAAAUUUCUGCUUCUUGUUACUGCUCUUGUUGCCACUUCUCUCUUCCAAGCCAGCUUUCAGUGAAAGUUCACUAAAACCUGGAUUUCAUUUUGAUCUUACACACGUUGAUGCUACUUGGAAUUUUUCCAAAUUCGAAAUACUACGACGAGGAAUCAAGCGCGACAAGACCUGGAUACAAAAUUUCAAUAAGAUGAUCAUAAGUAAUUUGAAAGUUCGAAUGCCAGUUGUUGAACAACGAGGAAGCUAUCUGAUGAACUUGUCACUAGGUACGCCUCCUAUUUCAUUCUCUGCCAUUUUCGAUACUGGCAGUGACUUGGUUUGGACGCAGUGCAAGCCAUGCUUGCAAUGCUUUAAGCAGCCGACCCCGGUGUAUGAUCCUGCACAAUCAUCUUCAUUCGCUAAUGCUACUCGUUCCGCUGCAUUAUGCAAGGAAUUGACAAAUUCAAGUUCCAGCAAUGGUUGUGAGUAUUCGUUUAGUUAUGCAGACGAGUCUUUCACUACAGGUUAUUUAGCGUUCGAGACCUUGACGCUUGGGGGAGCAAACCAGAAAGUUUCUACACCAGACAUAGCUUUUGGGUGUGGGAUAAAGAACCAUGUAAAGGGUUUGACGCAAGGUGCUGGCAUAGUAGGGUUCAACCGAGGACCAUUGUCGCUUCUUUCGCAGCUCCAUAUUAAAAAAUUUUCUUACUGCUUAAGUCUAAAUGGAACUGGGAGCUUGGUUUUUGGAUCUUCAACAAGCAUUGACAAUACAACCAACCGAGCCAUCAAGACCACGCCACUGAUACAAAAUCCAUACAAUCCAUCUUACUACUAUCUAUCUCUACAAGGAAUCACAGUUGGCCAAAAGUACUUGCCCGUCCCAUCCUCGUCAUUUAGACUAAACACCGAUGGCAGUGGCGGCAUGAUUAUAGAUUCUGGCACAUCAAUGACGUAUAUAACAGAGGAUGUCUUUGAUGUGCUGAAGCCAGUUUUUGCUUCACAGACAAACCUCCAAGUGAUUUGGUCAAGUAUUGGUCUUGACCUCUGCUUUCAACUACCUUCCCACAACAAUAGUAAACUUGAUGUGCCUGAUUUGAUAUUUCAUUUUGAGGAUCUCGACUUAAAGCUCCCAGUCGAGAAUUAUAUGGUCGUCAAUGAGGAGCUAGGGAUUGUGUGCUUAGCAAUGGGGGCUGCAGGAGGUUUGUCGAUUUUCGGCAGUAUGCAACAUCAAAAUAUGUUGGUUCUUCAUGACCUUGAAAAAAAAGUUGUAUCAUUCAUUCCCACACAAUGUUCACAGCUCGAUUACUAGAAGUCAGAACUGAAUGAUCAUGUGUAUCAUUUGAAUAACAUUGGUCCUACCAGAUCUCUGCUCUUUGUUUAACUAGCAUCUGAAGCAGUAAGACACUAAGAUAAUAUUGCAAAACUUCUCU